AUGAAAUCCUUCCCUUUGGUUGUGUUUCUCAUCAGUGCUCUUCUCUUCACAAGCACUCUUGUGUUGGGAGCUUUGAGCGAACGAGACAUUACCGUCGAUGAAUUGAUGCAAAGCAUGCCUGGUAUCAAAGAAUCCAAAGCUCGUGAAUAUUUAGAUCCAUUGAAUGAAGCCAUGAGAACAGCUGGAAUUAACACUCCAAAUCGACAAUCUGCUUUCUUGGCUCAAUUAGGUCACGAGUCUGGAAAUUUGAGAUAUUUCCGUGAAUUGGACACUGGUAAAAGAUAUGAAGGAAGAAAAGAUUUGGGAAAUACUCAACCAGGAGAUGGUGUGAGAUAUAAGGGAAGAGGACCCAUUCAAAUUACUGGACGUGCCAAUUACCGUGAUGCUGGUAAAGCUUUGGGUGUUGACUUGGAGAACAAUCCAAAACUUGCUGAAGAUCCACGUAUUGGAUUCAAAACUGCUGCUUGGUAUUGGAAUACUCGUAAUUUGAACAAGUAUGCUGAUGCUGGAAACUUCCAUGAAACCACUAGAAGAAUCAAUGGAAAACAUCCAAACGGAGUUGCAGAUAGAAACGCUCGAUAUGCCAGAAAUCAAAGAAUUUUCGGUAAUAAGAAUAAUGGAGACAAUGACAAUGCUGCUUCGAGAUCAUUCGAACGUUCCAAUUCUAGAAGACAGCAACAACAACAACCAUCCAAUAACAGAAGACAGAGAAGACAACAACAAUCAGAACGUCCUUCAAGACCAUCCAGACAAGAACGUCAAUCGUCAAGACAAAAUCGUCGUAUGACAAGACAAUCGAAUAACAAUUCUGGAAGAAGAACCAGUGGAAGAAGACAACAGAGACAAUCCACCAGCUCUGGCAGAAGACAAAGACAAUCCAAUAGCUCUGGCAGAAGACAAUCAAGACAAACUUCUUCAAAUUAUGGUCGUAGACAAUCUAGACAAUCCAGUAGCAGUGGUAGAAGACAAUCCAGAUCCUCUAGUUCUUCUUCAAGAUCAUCCUCAAGAUCCUCUUCAAGAUCAUCUUCAUACAGAAUUAGAAGAUAA